ACAGAUAACCAGAGGAGGGCGUUGUUACUGUUUUCCAGACGUUGCAGAAUCUUUUCUUCAGAUUGUAGCAGCAGGAGGAGGAGAAGAGAAGAAGUAAAUUGCCCUUAGCUGUGAGGUCUAACAGCAGGAGCGGAGCUGCUAAAUCCUCCCCAGUGACACUCAGGGCCACAGCCUCAUCUACCGGGCUGUGAAUGGGUAUUGACAGGUUCUGCAGUGUGGACAGUUCCGACCCGUUCUGGGAUUGGAACCAUACGUUGUACACUGACACUCCCGACCUCACCCAGUGUUUCCAGAACACUGUGCUGGUGUGGCUGCCAUGCAUCUACCUCUGGAUUUGUGCCCCCAUCUACCUCAUCUACCUCCGUAGCCACAACCGUGGUUACAUAUGUAUGAGUCUCCUCAACAAGGCCAAAACUGUCGUAGGUUUCCUACUGUGGAUGAUUUGCUGGUCAGAUGUUUUCUAUUCUUUCUGGGAAAGAAGUCAUGGUGGUGCUACAGCACUCGUCUACAUCGUCAGUCCCACCGUCCUGGGUCUCACCAUGUUACUGGCUACAGUGUUGAUCCAGUACGAGCGGAUGAAAGGGGUUCAGUCGUCCGGAGUUCUGCUGAUCUUCUGGCUGCUGGCGCUGAUGUGUGCCACCGUCACCUUCAGGUCCAAGAUCCUGCAGGCCCUCCACCAGCAGACGCCCGUGUCUGUGUGGAGAUACACCACCUUCUACAGCUACUACGCUCUGCUCCUGGUGGCUCUCAUCCUGUCCUGCCUGGCCGACCAGCCGCCGCUCUUUUCCCAGGCUGUCCGCGACCCAAACCCCUGUCCUGAGUCUGGAGCAUCUUUCCUCUCCAAGAUAACCUUUUGGUGGAUCACCAGGCUGCUGAUUACAGGCUACAGGCGCCCCCUGGAGGACAAGGACCUGUGGUGUCUGAAUCAGGAUGACUGCUCUCACAGGGUGGUUCCCGGGCUGAUGCGUCGAUGGAGCAACGAGUGCCAGAAGGUCAAAAGGACACAGCAGAAGAUCCUGUACUCCCCCAGGCCGACCAAAGAGGGCCGGGAUCUGGAAGAGACAGAGGUUUUGAACGUCACCCCUGCAAAGAAAACAGCCAAACCCUCCCUGUUCUGGGCCUUGUGUCUCUCCUUUGGACCCUACUUUCUCAUUUCCUGCCUUUUUAAGAUCAUCCACGACGUCCUCAUGUUCGUCGGGCCUGAAAUCCUUCGGCUGCUCAUACGAUUCGUCACCGACUCCAGCGCCCCCUCUUGGCAGGGCUUCUUCUACACUAGUCUGCUGUUCUUCUGCACGUGUGUGCAGUCAGUCAUCCUCCAGAAAUACUUUCACGUGUGCUUCGUCUCAGGCAUGCGUCUGCGCGCCGCCAUCAUCGGCGCGGUGUACAGGAAGGCUCUGGUGAUUGGCAGCGCUGCCAGGCGCACCUCCACAGUGGGAGAGAUCGUAAACCUGAUGUCGGUGGACGCGCAGCGCUUCAUGGACCUGGUCACCUACAUCAACAUGAUCUGGUCUGCCCCCCUGCAGGUGGUGCUGGCUGUUUACUUCCUGUGGCAGACUCUGGGUCCGUCGGUUCUGGCUGGAAUGGCUGUGAUGGUUCUGAUGGUUCCUGUCAAUGCUGUCAUGGCGAUGAAGACCAAAACAUAUCAGGUGGCCCAGAUGAAGAAUAAGGACGACCGUGUGAAGCUGAUGAACGAGAUGCUGAACGGCAUCAAGGUCCUGAAGCUCUACGCCUGGGAGCUGGCCUUCAGGGACAAAGUGUCCGAAAUCCGUGAGAGCGAGCUGCAGGUCCUGAAGAAGAUCGCCAUCCUCGGAGCGGUGACGACCUUCACCUGGGUCUGUGCGCCGUUCCUGGUGGCGCUGUCCACCUUUGCUGUGUACGUACUGGUGGAUGAGAACAACGUCCUGGAUGCUCAGAAGGCCUUCGUGUCGUUGGCUCUUUUCAACAUCCUUCGUUUCCCGCUCAACAUCCUGCCAAUGGUCAUUGGAAAUAUGGUGCAGGCCAGCGUGUCCCUGAAGCGUCUCCGAGUGUUUCUGUCACAUGAGGAGCUGCAGGAGGACAGUGUGGACCACAAAGUACUGACAGGCUCCUCACACAGUGUCUCCAUAAUGGAUGGUGUUUUCAGCUGGUCCAAGACUGAGUCACCAACACUCAAGAGAUUAAAUGUGUCUAUUCCUGAUGGCUCUCUGGUGGCCGUGGUGGGACACGUGGGGUCGGGAAAGUCCUCGUUACUGUCGGCACUGCUGGGAGAGAUGGACAAAAUAGAAGGAAGUGUAGCCGUGAAGGGGCUGGUGGCCUACGUUCCGCAGCAGGCGUGGAUCCAGAACUCCACUCUGAGAGAAAACAUCGUGUUUGGACAUGAGGUGAAAGAAAACUGGUACCAGCAGAUCCUGGAGGCCUGUGCCCUCCAGCCUGACCUGGAGAUCCUUCCUGCUGGAGACGAGACGGAGAUUGGAGAGAAGGGAGUGAACCUGUCUGGAGGUCAGAAGCAGAGGGUGAGCUUGGCCAGAGCGGUGUACUGUGACCGGGCCGUGUACCUGCUGGACGACCCCCUGUCUGCCGUGGACGCUCACGUGGGGAAACACAUCUUUGAACAAGUGAUUGGUCCACAGGGUCUGCUGAAGGACAAGACCCGUGUGCUGGUGACCCACGGCCUGAGCUACCUGCCCCAGGUGGACCUGAUCCUGGUGUUGGUGGAGGGAGAGAUCACAGAGAUGGGCUCCUAUCAGCAGCUCAUGGACAGAGAUGGCGCCUUCGCCGAGUUCCAGCGCACGUAUGCCGCUGUGGACAACACGCACACCAGCGAGUCUUUGCCAAAGAGUGAAACCAAAGGAAAAGAAAACGGGGAAGUGACCGGUGUUGAUGGCGCCGCAGAUGUGACACAAAAGUCACCGCCGCUGCAGGAAGACAAGGAGCUGAACAAGAACUCCAAGAACCCUGAGCUGGGCAAGCUGACGGAGGCUGACAAGGCCUCCACCGGUCAGGUCAAACUCUCCGUGUUCUGGGCCUAUAUAAAGGCCAUCGGCUCCUUCCUCACCUUCUUCAGUUUCCUGCUCUUCCUCACCCAUCACUCCCUCUCCCUCUUCUCCAACUACUGGCUGAGCUUCUGGACCGACGACCCGGUGAUCAACGGCACUCAGCCGUACAGACAGAGGAGACUCCUGGUGUAUGGGGCCCUGGGCGUGUCCCAAGGUGUGGCCGUCUUCGGUUACUCCCUGGCCAUGUCCAUCGGGGGGAUCCUGGCGUCGCGUUUCCUUCACCAGUCCCUGCUGUUUGACAUCCUGCGUUCACCCAUGUCCUUCUUCGAGCGGACGCCCAGUGGCAACCUGGUCAACCGCUUUUCCAAGGAGAUGGACACCAUUGACUCGAUGAUCCCCAACAUAAUCAAGAUGUUCAUGGGUUCGAUGUUCAACGUGAUGAGCGCUUGUAUCGUCAUCCUCAUCGCCACACCACUGGUGGCCAUCUUCAUUCCCUUCCUGGGCCUGCUCUACUUCUUCGUGCAGAGGUUUUACGUGUCGUCCUCUCGUCAACUGAAGCGUCUGGAGUCGGUCAGCCGCUCGCCCAUCUACUCUCACUUCAAUGAAACGCUGUUGGGCACCUCCGUGAUCCGAGCCUUCGGAGAACAGAAGCGCUUCAUCUCUGAGAGUGACCACAGGGUGGACCACAAUCACCAGGCGCACUACCCCAGCAUUGCAGCCAACAGGUGGCUGGCAAUUCGUCUGGAGUUUGUAGGAAACUGCAUCGUGUCAGCGGCCGCUCUGUUUGCUGUCGUAGCCAGAGACAGUCUGAGUCCUGGCCUCGUGGGUCUGUCCAUCUCCUACGCCCUUCAGCUGACUGCUUCUCUGAACUGGCUGGUGAGGAUGUCCUCAGACGUGGAGACCAACAUCGUGGCCGUGGAGAAGGUCAGGGAGUACCAUGACACGGAGAAGGAGGCAGAGUGGAAACAUGACUCCUCUGUGCUGCCCCCUGGCUGGCCCACUGAGGGCUGCAUAGAGGUCAGAGGGUACGGCCUACGUUACCACCAAGAUCUGGACUUGGCCAUCCGUAACAUCAACAUCAGAGUUGAUGCAGGAGAGAAGGUGGGAAUUGUGGGGAGAACGGGAGCAGGAAAAUCCUCCCUCACUCUCGGCCUGUUCCGGAUCAUCGAGGGAGCUGAAGGCCACAUCUUCAUUGAUGGGCUGGACAUCGCUCAGCUGGGCCUCCAUGACCUCAGGUCCAGAAUCACCAUCAUCCCACAGGACCCGGUGCUGUUCUCUGGCUCUCUGAGGAUGAACCUGGAUCCUUUUGACAGCUACACUGAUGACGACGUGUGGCAGGCUCUGGAGUUCUCUCACCUGAAGAACUUUGUGUCGGGUCUGCCCAACAAACUGGCCCACGAGUGCAGUGAGGGAGGAGAGAACCUUAGUGUGGGUCAGCGUCAGCUGGUGUGUCUGGCCAGAGCUCUGCUCAGAAAGACCAAGGUCUUGGUUUUAGACGAGGCCACGGCAGCAGUCGACAUGGAGACGGACAAUUUGAUCCAGUCCACCAUCCGCUCUCAGUUUACGGACUGCACUGUCCUGACCAUAGCUCAUCGCCUGAACACCAUCAUGGACUACAACAGGGUCCUGGUGUUGGACAAGGGAGAGAUGGUGGAGUUUGACUCCCCCUCCAAUCUCAUCAGUCGGAGAGGAGCCUUUUUCCAGAUGGCCUUAGAUGCUGGUCUGGUCUGAGACUCAGAGUGUGUGUGUCACGUGGCCACCAGUUUCUGGUGUGACUUGGAAGAGGAGGAACAACGUGAAUCAUUGUUUAAGGCUGUGAGUGACAACAGCUACUGCCAAGACCAGCAGGUUUUUUUUUGUUUGUUUUUGUUUUCAAACACCCUGGGUCCAUUCACCCUGAACUACAGAUGUUGGUGAUUUACUCUCCAUAUUUCUCUCAGUCUGAUUAGAGAUGUAGAGGACGGUCUUUUUUCUAGUACAGCAGUGUCACCAGAGGCUUUGUAGCCGUGGAAACCAGCAGUGAUGAUUUGUUUUUGCGAGUCGUCAUCCAUCAAAAAUCCUUUACAUUUUACGUUUAUGUUUGGAGUGAGUGCACGUCUCUCUGUUCCGCACCACGGCUUCUUUUUUAUAGUUUACAUAGACUGGACCGGACACGACUCCCAUUUGUUUUUAAACAAUCUCUACAGCUGGGCGAUCCUGGUCACAUGACGUUGGCGUCAUGGAGUUCUCACUUCACGAGUGCAAAAGUUAAAUGUCUUUUUGAUAUUUGAAGCAGGUCAGAUUUUGUUUUCCUUUCGCUGACCCCUCUCCAUGUCAGAGGUACUUCACUCGUAUUGCUCUGCUUAACUCGAGUACACCGUGUUCUGUUAGUACCUGUUGUUUCCACAACGUUACUGUCGGUGCAUAGGAAAGCAAUUCAAGGUCACUUUCGAGGUCACUUUACGGCGUUGUUCUGCUGCUGUUGAGAAGUUUUCUUCUUUCAGCACCUUUUAAUUUGUUUUGUAUGUACUGUUGCUUUUCUGUGUAGCUGAAUGUCCUCUUAUUUAUACAAAUUAAAUGUGUUAUUUUAAAUAUGUUGUUCAGACUGUUACAAAACAAAAAAUACCCGCACUCUCUGUAAAGCCUUGAAUGUGUGGAGAUGAACAAAUAACAGUUUAUUUCUCCAGCAAUUCCGAGGUACAGCAAAGAAUCUAAUCUAAGCUAAAGAAUCUAAGCUGCUGUGGGCCAGUGAUCCUUGGUGAAGAAAUUGUAGUUUAAGGAAUUUAGUUACAAACCUCUUGUUGCUUUCUGACUAUUUUUUUUAUUGCAAUGUACACACAGGGACACAAUAUCUGCAACCCAAAUCUGUCAACUCUGUUUCUGUCUGAAAUGGUAAUGACGGCUCCUACCAAUCAAAUGUAUUUGCUUUAAAAAAAAAAAAUAUGUGAAAUUAAAAAUAGUUCAUAUUUAU